GGAGGGGGGACGUCGUGUGCACGGGCGCCCACCUCCCGCAGCGCGGCAGAAAACAAGGCAUACUAUAUAAUAGCUGAUCAUGGCGACCUCUGGAGAAGGCGGUAACCCCAGUGGCAAAGCGACACCCUGGACCCUGGCGCGGCUGCAGAAGCUCGAGCCGCGGGUGGCCCGCCGACGCCAGUCCCAGGCCCGCCACCGAGCCACCCUGCUGGGGCUGUUCAGCAACCUCCGCAAAAUCGUCUACUCCCAGUCCGAUCUCACAGCCUCAAAGUGGCAGGUUUUGAAUAAGGCGAAGAAUCACAUUCAGGAGCUAGAGCAAACCUUGGACAAUCUUCUGAAGCUGAAAGAAUCCUUCAACCUGGAGGACGGGAAUGCAAACAGCUUAGAGGAGGUCAAGGCGGAAUACGUCAGCAUGUGCUCUGGAAACCACAGCCUGGUCUCAAAUAAAGGCUCUGCCACCUGGUGCCCAGUUGAGGCAAUUAGGAAGGAUGCUGAGGGGGAGGAAGAGGAGGAAGAAGAGGAGGAAGAGGAGGAAGAGGAAGAAGAGAAGGAGAAAGAAGAGGAAAAAGUGGAGCUCUUACCCUCCCCAGUCACCUGGUUGCCAGGCCUCAUGGAGUUUGAACGGUAUCUCAACUUUUACAAACAGACGAUGGACCUUCUGAUCGGGAACGGGAUUGUCUCCUCACAGGAGGUGAUGCUGCCCAUCGUCUCUGCAGCCAUCUCCUACCUGUGGCAGAACCUCUCUGAGGAGAGGAAGGCCAGUCUCCUGCAGGCCUGGGCACAGAGGGGCAGCAGCCUCCCGGGCCUUGCAGGUGCCUAUGAGGAGCCAGGAUGUACCGAGGGCAGCAUGAAGGACAGUGGGGUUGACAGCCAAGGAGCUAGCUGCUCGCUCUUCUCUACCCCGGAGGAGAUCCUCUUUGAAGAUGCCUUCGAUGUGGCAAGUUUCCUGGAGAAAAGCGAGGCUCCAAGUACCUCGAGCUCUAGUUCAGCGUUUGCCAGCAGCAACCCAGAAAACCCCGAGGAGAAGUUUCAGCUCUAUAUGCAGAUCAUCGAGUUUUUUAAAAGCCUUUGCUGUGUUAACACUCAGUUAAAACAGGAACCAGACAUUCCCAUUGACGACGAGAUGAUCAUGUUGCAGUGCAUGGAGACCUUCGAUGACGAUCUGUGACACAGGAGGGCGGGGCGGG